AAAUUUUGAAAAUUUCGCUGCUGAUCGGCGAAGAAAUGCGUUGCUCAUUUUAAAGGAAGAACUGUCUAUUUCAAAUCCCCGCUAGGCGUUAGUACAUUCUUCGUCUUUAGUUACAGAAGAUGAAAAAGCCGAAUCGCCGAUCGAAGCGAACAAGCGUUGCCGAUUCCUCGUCAUCACUAGCCAGCGGUGAUGGUAUACCACAAGAGCAGCAGCAGCAGCAUAAUGAGAAGAGGGUUGAUUUGGAGAAAGAAAACGAAGCCCUUAAGAGCACGAUUGAGGAACUGAAGCACAAACUGGCUAAUGUUUCACUCAACUCCGUUGAUGACCUUCGAAAGACGAAGGAAGAUGAUGAUUCUCAAAAGGUUGUGGAAAUGAAGAAGAAGCCGGACGGACGUUCUCCGCUUUCAGCACAAAAGCAAAUCUCAUCGCACAAAAAGAGAAGUGGUGAGCCACGUAUAUCAACACAGGACGAAAUUCAGAGAUUAAAGGCUCAAAAGGUCCACCUUCUUUGCAAGCUCAAGCUAGAGUCCGUGCAGUUCAGGCUGUCAAAAGCUUCAUUGGAGAAAGAAGUUCUUCAGCUUAAGAAAGAGCAAAGGAAGAAUGAUUAUGAAAUGCGAAAGCUGCUGGCUCUAAAUGAAAAACAGAAGCUGGUAUUGCAACGAAAGACAGAAGAAGCUGCUCUGGCUACUAAAAGGCUAAAAGAGCUAAUAGAAUCACGAAGGGCUUCCUCUCAUAGAACUUCUGGUUCUAAAAGCGGCAUCAGUUCUGGAAUUCAGGCAGUAGAAUUGGAUCUCAAAAUUGCAGCAAGGGUGGAGGAAAUACGCUCUGAAUUUGAACGUCAAAUGGAAGAGAUGGCUGAUGAGGUUAGAAAGUUCGAGGAAGAUGCAGAAACGCUAAGGCAAGAAAAUUAUAGGUACCUGUUACAGGAAAAAGAAGCUGAAUGCAUAGUGAGGGAUUCAGAGCUGAAAGACCUGAAGGAAGAAGUAGUCAGGCUAAGUAAUUUGGUUAAUCAACUGGGAAUGCCGAAGGCACAAUUUCAUGCAAAGAAGCAAGACGUGAAUCUGGUUAGAUCUUCUAUUUCUGUUGGAAGUAGUUUUGAGCUUAUGGACACACCUGAAUCAGAAUGUUCUGGAGGAAGUAAUGCUGUGUCGGGGAAAUUUACACCAAGAGUAUGCUGUUCUUGCAGUAAAAAAUCUCUGUGCAAGACAUCAAAAUGUGAAUGUCGAGCUGCAGUUGGCAUCUGUGGGACUGGAUGUGGGUGUGCAGCCGCUAAAUGCAGUAACAGAGGAACCUCUAUCAAAGUGGAUGACUCGCUGCAAAAAAAGGUGGCUAGUGACUUGGUGCUUUCUUCAGGCACCUCAGAAACUGAGAAAGCCGUUGUCACUUCUCAACCUGCUGAGGUUAAUAACGAUUGUGCACCGAGAAGGAAACCUUUGUCUGACAUUGGAAAUACUCUUGUCAAAUCCAGUCCUAUACAACCUGACCAGAAAAUGAUGGGGGGCAAACCAGUUAUACAGGUUGACACUGUAGAUUCCUCUUUGUUAGUGCCUGAAAUUGUUGAAGGCCCAAAAAAAGCAGACAGAGCUUCUCAAGCAGAUAUUUCUACAAGGUUAACUAGGGCCAAACGGUCAACAGUCUCCAAAAAGGAUACUUGAAACUGUAAGUUCAGCUCCAUGGCUUAGAACAUUAAACGAGAACAGUAACUUCUACGUUGAAUAUGAGAUGUACAGACUACAGAGCAUGAAUUGAAAUUAGAGAUAACAGGGACGCAACAGAAGGGCUUGUUUCUGGUGUGAGAUUGAGGAACUCUUUAUAAGAUCAUUUUUGUUUGAGAUGGGGAGAUGGGAUUUGUGUGCUACGUAUGAGGUGGCUUUCUCGAGUGAUUAAUUUUUUGCUCAAUUUAUCUUUGGUUCAAAGGCGAACAAUUGUUUUGAGAAAUUGGAUUACUGGUUAUUACUCGAUCAGGUAAAGUUCUUGUC